AUCUAAGAUAAUUCUCUUGGAAGAUGAUGCUGUCGGAAUUUGAUUGUAAGGAAUUCUAGGUCAGGUGAACAGAAGGACUGCAUGUUGUUAUGAUUACACCACAAGUAUUUAAUUAUAAGGCCUACACCCCCUCCCUUCUUCUUACCAGAGAGAUGUUUAUUUCUGUCGGCGUGAUGCAUGAAGAAACCGGGUUGCUGUUCCGACUCUGACAACGUAUCCAUAGUGAGCCAUGUUUCCGUUAAACAGAGAAUGAUACAAUCUCUGAUAUCUCUCUGGAAGGCAACUCGUGCCCAAAUUUCGUCCACCUUGUUGUCUAGAGAUUGGACAUUGGCGAGUAAUAUGCUCGGAAGCGGUGGAUGGUGUGCUCGCCUUCUGCGUCUGACCAGUAGGCCACUCCAUCUGCCUCUCCUGCGGCGACCGCGUUGUUUUGGGUCGGCCUCUGGAAUAAGAUCUGAUGUCAGGAUGGAGUUCCGAACAAGGGAUCCGCUUCGGGAAAGACAUAUUCCUGGUCGAGUUGGGAAGUUGACGUCGCUUUUAUAUCCAAUAGUUCUUCCCGGCUGUAUCUAAUAACUCAAAUUUUCUGGGCUAACAAUGUAAGAAAUUAUACAUUAAAAAAACAAAGAACUGCAUCGUUUUCUAAGGACCUGAAGCGAGGUGACCAUCUCUGUCGGCGCCAUCUUGUGUCGCCGCUUGGCAUAGCUCAUGGUGAUCUUAGGUUUGUGUACGGCUGUUCGGCCAUGGGAACCCAUUUCAUGAAGCUCCCGACGAACAGUUAUUGUGUUGAAGUUACUUCCAAAGGCAGUUUGGAGCUUGAUAGUGAGUGUUGCACCCCAGAACAGACGAUUUUAAAGUGCUAAGCGCUUCAGCACUCGGCGGUCCUGUUCUGUGAGCUUGACUUGUGUGGCCUACCAAUUUGCGGCCGAGCCGCUGUUGCUCCUAGAUUUCCACUUCACAAUAACAGCACUUGAACGGGGCUGCUCUAGCAGGUCAGAAAUUUGACGAACUGACUUGUUGGACAGGUGGCAUCCUAUGACGGUGACACGUUGAAAGUCACUGAGCUCUUCAGAAAGGCCAUUCUACUACCAAUAUUUGUCUAUGAGGAUUGCAUGGCUGUGUGCUCGAUUUUAUACACCUGCCAGAAACGGGUGCGGCUGUAAUAGCUGGAUCCACUCAUUUGAAAGGGUGUCCACAUACUUUUGAAUAUAUUAUGUAUUUAGGAGGAUAUUAAUGAUUUGUUUCCUUUAACUCCAGAUGUUGUGUUGGAGAUGGAUCCUACAUCUGUGUCAGAGAGGGAGAAUGUGACACUGACAUGUAGAACCAAAUGUACACUGGACCCCAUCACAGCCUUCAGUUGGUAUAAGAAUGGACAGUCUAUACCAAACAGCAACACCUCCUCUCCUGUCUAUAUCCUAUUCUCAGUCAGCAGUGAGGAUACAGGCAGAUACUCCUGUUCUGUAGAAGGACAUGAGGAUAUCCCCUCUGCUGAAGAGACUCUCACUGUCACAUAUGGCCCAAAGAACACCUCAGUGUCAGUCAGUCCCUCUGGUGAAAUAGUGGAGGGCAAUUCAGUGAAUCUGACCUGCAGCAGUGAUGCCAACCCACCUGUGGAAAACUACACCUGGUACAAGAGGAAUGUAACCUCACCAAAAGCAUCAGGACAGAGUUACACCAUCCAUAACAUCAGCUCUGAGGACAGAGAGGGAUACUACUGUGAGGCUCUGAACAUUAUAGGGAGAGAGACUAUCCCUGUCCAUAUUAAUGUUAUAUCAGUGUUUUCCUGGGUUCCUGUGGUGGGGGUGGGGGCUGUCCUGACUGCUGGAGCUCUUCUACUCACCAUCUACUGCUAUAUGAAGAGGAGACACACAGGAGGAAGUGAUGCCACAGCAGACACACUGAUUCAGGGACUCCCCUGUGACACAGCCCCUCAGAUAGAUGCUGAGCCCACCGAUUAUGAGAACUGGAGAGAACCACCACAGAACCUGGACAGUGACGCAGACCCUCAGAUAGAUGCUGAGCCCUCCGAUUAUGAGAACUGGAGCGAACCACCACAGAACCUGGAAAGUGACACAGACCCUCAGAUAGAUGCUGAGCCCUCCGAUUAUGAGAACUGGAGCGAACCACCACAGAACCUGGACUGAAGAGAACCACCACAGAACCUGGAUUGAAGAGAACCACCACAGUACCUGGACUGAAGAGAACCACCACAGAACCUGACUGAAGAGUACCACCACAGAACCUGGACUGAAGAGAACCACCACAGAACCUGACUGAAGAGAACCACCACAGAACCUGACUGAAGAGAACCACCACAGAACCUGACUGAAGAGAACCACCACAGAACCUGACUGAAGAGAACCACCACAGAACCUGGACUGAAGAGAACCACCACAGAACCUGGACUGAAGAGAACCACAACAGAACCUGGACUGAAGAGAACCACCACAGAACAUGACUGAAGAGAACCACCGUAGAAACUGGACUGAGGAGAACCAACACAGAACCUGGACUGAAGAGCAACAGCAUCAAACCAAAGCUAGGCCUCACAAUGCUAUUCUCUUACUAUCAUUAUGCUUUCUUAUCUAUUAGGUUUUCCAGACAAUGACCUUUAACUUUUGAGUGAAUGCUGGAAUUUAGAUUGUUCUCCUAAUGAUAAAUACAGUAUGUAUAUAGAUGAUCAAUACAGUAUGUGUAUAGAUGAUCAAUACAGUUUGUAUAUAGAUGAUCAAUACAGUAUGUGUAUAGAUGAUAAAUACAGUAUGUAUAUAGAUGAUAAAUACAGUAUGUGUAUAGAUGAUCAAUACAGUAUG